UAUGACAUAACACUUACACUCACGUAGAUGACACGUUUUCUACCAACACUUGUCUAUAUACGUUCUGCCCUUAUAGCAUUUCCCUUCGCCCAAAAAAAAUGGGUUCUGUUGUAUGGGCCACUGCAAAUAAUUCAUCAUCUCUUGAGGGUUUUCUUGAAUGCCUUCAGAGCCAUUCUGAGCUCUCUAAUCCAAUUUCUGCAGUAUUGUAUACUCCUGAAAAUUCUUCAUACUCUUCUGUAUUGCAAUCUUACAUACGAAACUUGCGGUUCAAUGAGUCUACAACCCCAAAACCACAACUGAUUCUGACAGCAUUGCAUGUUUCUCACAUCCAAGCAGCCAUUGUUAGCGCAAAAAUGCAUGGCCUGCAAAUGAAAAUCCGCAGUGGAGGCCAUGAUUAUGAAGGUGUCUCGUAUGCUUCGGAUGUUCCUUUUUUCAUUCUUGAUAUGUUCAACUUUCGAUCCAUCAAUGUCAACAUAGAAAAUGAAACUGCAUGGGUUGAAACUGGAGCAACUCUUGGUGAAGUUUUCUACAGAAUAGCAGAGAAAAGUAAUGUUCAUGGCUUCCCCGCCGGAGUUUGCCCGACAGUUGGAUUUGGCGGCCAUUUCGGUGGUGGCGGAUACGGUAACCUGAUGAGAAAAUACGGCCUUUCCAUUGACAAUAUUAUAGAUGCACAAAUAAUUGACGUUAAUGGCCGGAUUCUUGACCGUGCAUCAAUGGGAGGAGAUUUGUUCUGGGCAAUUACUGGAGGUGGUGGAUCCAGCUUUGGAGUUGUUCUAGCAUACAAAAUCAAGCUCGUUCGAGUCCCCACUACAGUUAUUGUUUUUCGAGUCGCAAGAACUUACGAAGAAAACUUAACUAACAUCGUUUACCGUUACCAACAAGUUGCGCACAAGUUGCCUGAAGAACUCUUCAUCAGAAUGUCACUUGAUGUCGUGAACAGUAGUGUGCGAACUGGAGAAAAAACCAAUAGAGCAACAUUCUGGACCUUGUUCCUUGGAGAUUCCGAAAAACUUCUUUCUCUCAUGAAUGAAGCUUUUCCAGAACUGGGAUUGACACCAUCCGACUGUAUCGAAAUGAGUUGGGCUGAAUCUGUUGUUUACUGGACCAACUUUCCUGCUGGAACUCCGGUUAACGUUCUUCUCAGUAGGGUACCUCAAGUAUUAACCCACCUGAAGAGGAAAUCCGAUUACAUAACAAACCCUAUUCCAAAACAGGGUUUAGAGUUCAUAUUCAAGAAGAUGAUAGAAGUGGAAAGUGUAAUGCUUACUUUCAAUCCCCUUGGAGGAAGAAUGGCUGAGAUUCCACCGUCAGAAAAACCUUUUCCACACAGAGCUGGAAAUCUAUUCAAGCUUCAGUAUGCGACAAACUGGGAAGAAAACGGCGUUGAAGCUGCGGAAAAAUACAUAGAAUUGACAAGAAAAUUAUAUGCUUAUAUGACUCCUUUCGUCUCCAAGUCGCCAAGGGGAUCAUUUCUCAAUUACAGAGAUCUUGAUUUGGGCAUUAGCCACAAUGGGAAAAACAGUUACUUAGAAGGUGCAGUUUAUGGGAUCAAGUAUUUCAAAGAUAAUUUCCAUAGAUUGGUUAAGAUUAAGACAAAGGUGGAUCCGGACAAUUUCUUUAGAAAUGAACAAAGCAUCCCGGUGUUACCGUACCAGAAUAUAUAAAUAUUCAGGCACAAAUAGUGCCUCUUCUGUUGCCUAAAGUCGAUGUUUGUUAUUUUAUUUGUUUGAAGUGAAUCUUGGCAACGUCCUGCGAAGCACCUUGAAGUUUGAGCUUAACACAGAUGCGUCUGAUUCUGGUUUUUUCAUUGGUGUUGGAGCUGUCAUUCGUGAACUUUCAGGUGUUGUGACAGUCUCCGGUGCUAAAAAGGUAAUGGACCGUGCGAGAUGUGGCUGUGCGAGAGAAGCUAAUCUUUGCUUAGAAUAAGAUGCUUUCUUAGUGGUUCCUUGAACGUUUUGUGUCCUCUAUCCCUUGGUGUUCUAGUAUCUUUGGACAUUGUACCAUUAUUAUCUGAAGUUGGUUGUCGUACAAUAAAUUUUAAUAAUGUAAUGAAUGAAAUAAAA